AUGAAAAAAAAAGAGUGUCAAAUUUGUUUUGAACGUCUUCAAAAGCGCCAAUUCUUAAAAGUAACUGCGAACUGUAACCAUGAAUUAGAUGUUUGUAAAUUAUGUGUUGGUAAGCAUAUUCAAACUCAGUUAGAAAGUAAUGGGAAUAUAGAAAUUUAUUGCCCAUCUUCCGACUGUAAAGAAGAAAUGCAACAUGAGGAUGUAAAAAGGAUCGCUAGUAAAAAAGUUUUUGAAAGAUACGACAAAUUAACGCUUACUCAAAUGUUAAGCAAAUUGCCAGAUUUUAGAUGGUGUAAAAAUUCUAGAUGUGGUUCCGGUCAAAUUAAUUUUGAAGGAGACAACUCACCUCUAAUGACAUGUGAAGCUUGCGGUCAAAAAUACUGUUAUACUCACGAUGUUCCUUGGCAUGAGGGAUUAAUUUGUAGUGAAUAUGAUAGUAAAAAAUUAGGUGAAGACAAAGCUACUCAAAAUUUACUCGAUAUAGAAACUAAGCCAUGUCCAAAAUGUGGCGUAAGAAUUAUCAAAAAUGGAGGAUGUGAACAUAUGACUUGUACUAUUAAAACUUGUAAAUAUGAGUUCUGUUGGUUGUGUUUUGCUGAUUAUGAUAAGAUUGAGAGAAAUGGAGAAUCAUCUCAUGAGAGAACUUGUAAAUUGUAUGUAACACAUCCACAAAAUUUUUGA